AUGUCGUCCGAUCAAGCUGAUGCCGCCAAGGCGGUCGAGGGCGCCGCUGAGAAGAGCCUGCCUUCUCGCCCUGCCAAGCAACCUAAGGAGAAGCAACCCAAGGAUAAGUCUGCCAAGGGUGGAAAGUCUGCUGGACUCGAGCUACCUGACACACCCGAAUUCAUCCAGCACCGACUCGAUCUCUUCGACAAGAUCAAGGCCCGACAGGAUGCCGAGAUCGCUGCGAAACCCCGCGAGGAAAUCACCAUUUCGCUCCCCAAUGGCAAGGAGGAGAAGGGUACUUCAUGGGAGACCACCCCCGGCGCUAUCGCCAAGGGCAUUUCCAAGUCCCUUUUCGAGCGUACCGUCAUCUCCAGAGUCGAUGGCGAGUUGUGGGAUCUGACCCGACCUCUCGAAAAGAGCUGCAAGCUCGAGCUCCUCGACUUCGACCACACCGAAGGAAAGAAGGUUUUCUGGCACUCGUCUGCCCAUAUUCUCGGCGAGGCCGCUGAGCGACGCUUUGGAUGCUAUCUCUGCAACGGUCCCCCUACCGAGGACCCCCCUGGUUUUUACUACGAUAUGGCCAACAUGGGAGAGCAAGUUAUUGCUGACGAGGACAAGAAGGCUCUUGAGCAGCUCUCUAAUGGCAUUAUCAAGCAGAAGCAGCCUUUCGAGCGUUUGGAGAUGACCAAGGAUGAGCUCCUCGAGAUGUUCAAGUACAGCAAGUACAAGGAGUAUUUCAUUCAACAGCGAGUCCCUGAUGGCACCAAGAGUACUGUUUACCGAUGCGGCCCCCUUAUCGAUUUGUGCCGAGGACCUCACGUCCCUACCACCGGUAACAUCAAGGCCUUUUCCGUCCUCAGAAAUUCGGCCGCCUACUGGCUAGGUGACAGCAACAACGAGUCAGUCCAGCGUAUCGCCGGUAUCUCAUUCCCCGACAAGAAGGCCCUUGAGGAAUACAAGCACUUCCUCGCCGAGGCUGCCAAGCGCAACCACCGAAAAAUUGGUCAAGACCAGAAGCUCUUCUUCUUCGACGAGGCUUCUCCCGGAUCCGCCUUUUUCCUGCCUCACGGUGUGCGCAUUUACAAUGCCUUGAUGGAGCUUAUCAAGGGCGAGUACCAAAAACGUGACUUCGACGAGGUCAUGUCCCCCAACAUGUACAAGGCGGAUCUAUGGAAGACCUCCGGUCACUGGGGACACUACGAGGAGAACAUGUUCACCUUUGAGGUUGAGAAGGAGAAAUUUGGCCUGAAGCCGAUGAACUGCCCUGGACACUGCAAGAUCUUUGCCCACUCCGACGUUACCUACAAGGACCUCCCAUGGAGGAUGGCCGAUUUUGGUGUUCUGCACCGUAACGAGUUCUCUGGUGCCCUGUCGGGUCUUACUCGAGUCCGUCGUUUCCAGCAGGACGAUGCUCACAUUUUCUGUACCGUUGACCAGAUCCGAGAGGAAAUCGAGUCUGCCUUCGACUUCUUGAGCAGCGUGUACGGCAUCUUCGGCUUCACUUUCAAGCUCAAGCUUUCUACCCGACCUGAGAAGUAUGUCGGUGACAUUGCCACCUGGGAUGCUGCGGAGAAGAAGCUCGAGGAGGCUCUUGAGUCAUUCGCGGAGAAGACCGGCGCCAAGUGGGAGUUCAACCCUGGUGAUGGUGCUUUCUACGGUCCCAAGAUCGAUAUUGCUCUGUACGAUGCCCUGAAGCGAGAACACCAAUGCGGUACCAUGCAGCUCGACUUCAACUUGCCCCGACGAUUCAAGCUUCGAUAUGUUGCCAACAAGGGCGAGACCGGAGUCAGCGAUGGCAGCAACCCCGAGGAGGAGCUCCCUGCCGGAUACGCACGCCCCGUCAUGAUUCAUCGAGCCGUGCUGGGCAGCUUCGAGCGAAUGUUUGGUAUUCUCACAGAGCACUUUGCCGGCAAGUGGCCUUUCUGGCUCAGCCCUCGACAAGUCUUGGUCGUCCCUGUCAUGCCUGCCGCCAACGACUACGCCAAGGAGGUCCAGCAGAUCUUCCGGGCAAAGGGAUUGUACAGUGACGUGGACCUGAGCAGCAACACCUUCCAGAAGAAGAUCCGCACCGGUCAACUGGAGCAGUAUAACUUCAUAUUUGUUGUUGGCGCCGAGGAGGCCAGUUCCCGCACCCUCAACAUUCGUAACCGAGACGACCAGGCCACCCAAGCCAAGGGUGAGCUGGUCCCUAUUGACGAGGCUCUUGAGAAGCUGGUACAGCUCAAGGUUUCGCGAGGGCUCACCAACAAGCUGUAA